AUGAAUGAGUUAGAAUAUGAUGAAGAAGGGUAUGUCGACGUCAAUUCCUUACCACUCAGACCUCCGCAGCCCAUGAUACCACCGGAGCGACCCGUGCGUCGCCCCUGGCAUCCCGUUAUGUGGGACGACUCCCUAGCCAGUAUGCCUUCACAAGAACAGAGGGAGACAGAUGAGGUUCCGCGGCGCUGGGAGUCGCCAUACAUUAAAUUUGCUGAAGCCCAUCAACUCAAGAAUCCUCGUGGUCUUAUUGACUUCGAUCCCCCGGAGGAAAUGCCGCAACCACAGUCUCGAGAGUACCCACAUAAGCAACGUAUACGUAACCUGCGAAGGCUCAUCGCCGAUGGUAAAGUGAAGCCCACACCAGAGACACUCAUAUUUUUCCUUUGUAACAAAUUCGCGGUUUCUGACGAACGGCAGAAGAAGAUCGUCAUCUAA